AAUAGUUUUGAUGGGUUACAAAACAAUAUAACGUUAGACUUCAACAAAAACUCGGUGGCCUUGCGCCUGUGUUCAGUGCUGUUGAGGCCGACCUUUGGUCUGACUUGUGUACUCUCAAAUAUUGUCAAGUCAGUAAGCUCUGUCACACCGAUUAAACCUGUUUCUAAAAAGAUCACAUCAAUUAUUUCUUUUAUAACAUUUUCAUCUCACCUUUAUGUCGAUUAUAAUUAUAAUUCUACAUUGUAGUCGGGUGGCUAGUUUUAGAGCGACAGCUUAGACGUUCUAUUUGAUUGCGUUCUUUCAUGUAAUCUCCUUGGCUCUUCGCUUGAUGAGAGUAAUCUUGUUGUAAGAUUAAUGACAGGCGUUGUAUGUGUGAACAGUGUGUUUACGGCCAUCUUUGUGUUCACUUGUGUAGUCAUAUUUUGGGACAGUCUGUAUAUAUCGCACUAAUGUUACCUUUUAAAACAAAUGUUUACACGUUGUGUACUUAUCACUUCGGGCAAACUAUCUUUGAUCUUUUCUGUGUGCUAGAAUGUAGAUAUCAUAACGCUCUGGCAGCUUGCAACAAUGAUGAAAUUUUAGCGACCAGUGCUUGUACGAAAAGAUUGACGAUACAUUAAACAUUUAGAACAUACCUGUCAUUCCUGUCCCAUUAACCCAGAAGCCAUGUUUACACCCAAGUUAACAAUUCACAAGUCAUCAACCUUUGAUUUUGCGGAAUAACCCUUGCCCUUGGUUUGUUCAUUAUGUAAUACGAUCAGUGUUUGGACUAUAGUCAGACUUACUUUGACUUACAGUCUGGUGUGCCUAAAACAUGAAAGGGAAAAUACAGACAGUGUGCGGUUGGAUUGACCCGGGCAUUCUGGGUAAAACCUUGACACAUGAACACCUGGUGGCAGACUUCUCCUGUUUCCGGGCUAAACCGUCCCAGCAUGCACCUCGCCCGGAUACGCUGUCCUUCAGCAUGGAGAAUCUGGGGUUCAUCAGACAGUAUCCGUACAGUUUCUCAGAGAACCUGAAUCUUCAUGGGGAGGAGAACCACAUGGUGGAAGAGCUGAAGUUCUACAGACAGAACGGAGGCUCUUCCAUUGUUGAAUGCACCACCCUCGGGCUGAGCAGAGAUGUUGGAAAACUGAAGCAGAUCUCCAUGGAAACUGGAGUGAAUGUUAUCUGUGGAGCAGGUUACUACACGGCAAACACCCACCCCUCCAACAUGGACAGCCUUACACAGGAGCAACUGGUGUCUACCCUGGUCCGCGACAUCACCCAGGGGGCCGAUGGGACUGACGUCAGGUGCGGGGUGAUCGGGGAGAUCGGCUGUUCUUGGCCGCUCACCGACAAUGAAAGGAAAGUUCUGCAGGCCACGGCUGCGGCACAGAGUGAGACAGGUUGUCCUGUCAUCAUUCACCCUGGAGGACACAAAGACGCCCCCUGUGAGAUCGUCCGGAUACUGCAGGAAGCUGGUGGUGACAUCAGCGCAACAGUGAUGUCACACAUUGACCGUACGUUUUUCGAGCCGGAGGACGUUCUCGAGUUCGCCUCUCUGGGCUGCUACCUGGAGUGGGACUUCUUCGGCCUGGAGGUUUCCCACACCCAGUGGCAGGACAUAGACAUGCCGAACGACGCCAUGCGGAUCCGCAUGAUACGACAGGUGCUGGAGGAGGGGCACGCUGACAGAGUCGUCAUCUCUCACGACGUGGAUACCAAACACAGGCUGAUGCACUACGGCGGCCACGGCUACUCCCACAUCCUACUGAAUGUCGUACCCAAGAUGAGAAACAGAGGAAUAUCUGAAGACAUUCUGGGUAAAACCUUGACACAUGAACACCUGGUGGCAGACUUCUCCUGUUUCCGGGCCAAACCGUCCCAGCAUGCACCUCACCCGGAUACGCUGUCCUUCAGCAUGGAGAAUCUGGGGUUCAUCAGACAGUAUCCGUACAGUUUCUUAGAGAACCUGAAUCUUCAUGGGGAGGAGAACCACAUGGUGGAAGAGCUGAAGUUCUUCAGACAGAACGGAGGCUCUUCCAUUGUUGAAUGCACCACCCUCGGGCUGAGCAGAGAUGUUGGAAAACUGAAGCAGAUCUCCAUGGAAACUGGAGUGAAUGUUAUCUGUGGAGCAGGUUACUACACGGCGAACACCCACCCCUCCAACAUGGACAGCCUUACACAGGAGCAACUGGUGUCUACCCUGGUCCGCGACAUCACCCAGGGGGCCGAUGGGACUGACGUCAGGUGUGGGGUGAUCGGGGAGAUCGGCUGUUCUUGGCCGCUCACCGACAAUGAAAGGAAAGUUCUGCAGGCCACGGCUGCGGCACAGAGUGAGACAGGUUGUCCUGUCAUCAUUCACCCUGGAGGGCACAAAGACGCCCCCUGUGAGAUCGUCCGGAUACUGCAGGAAGCUGGUGGUGACAUCAGCGCAACAGUGAUGUCACACAUUGACAGUACGUUUUUCGAGCCGGAGGACGUUCUCGAGUUCGCCUCUCUGGGCUGCUACCUGGAGUGGGACUUCUUCGGCCUGGAGGUUUCCCACACCCAGUGGCAGGACAUAGACAUGCCGAACGACGCCAUGCGGAUCCGCAUGAUACGACAGGUGCUGGAGGAGGGGCACGCUGACAGAGUCGUCAUCUCUCACGACGUGGAUACCAAACACAGGCUGAUGCACUACGGCGGCCACGGCUACUCCCACAUCCUACUGAAUGUCGUACCCAAGAUGAGAAACAGAGGGAUAUCUGAAGAAGACAUCAACAAGAUUCUCAUAGAGAAUCCCAAACGAUGGCUCGUCUUUAAGUAGAGCAGCAUUGAACGGUUACGGGAUGAUCACGUUAGCAAUUUUAGAUAGAGUAAUCCCAAACAGUACGGACAUAUACAUGCACUGGGAAGCUUUACAGACAAAUUAACAAUGAUCGGACGAAGUAACGAUGCUCGGACGAAACAAGCAGC